AUGUUGAACGACGAUUCUCUUCCACUUUCGUUUGUUGUUGAAGCGGUGCCUGUGUCCAAAGAAUAUCAUGUCUUUUCUACACAUAGUUUAAAUUUACUUGGACAACAAUUAAUAAAUCUCAUAAGUCCACAGCGAACAGUUCAAAUGUCUCUGUCGGAUGUUACUCAACAUGCUGCUGAUUUAUGUCAACAAAAGUGGCCACAACAAUCUUAUUUUAUUAUUGGAGAAAAUGUUUUAAAACAAGUAAAUACAAAUAUUCCUCAACAACCAAUAUUACCUUAUCUUCCAAAUACAAGUGAAAAUAUUUUAUCAUCAAGUGAAUGGCAAAAACCUGCUCAAAUUCCAUCUCAAAUUGUGACCAUAAUUCAAUGUAAAUCUGAAUUUGGAAGUGGUGCCGAUCGAGCACAGUCUUCUCCGAGACAACCAAGACGUAUUGUAAGAUUAUUAGUAAAUUCGACUCAAUACAAUGGAAUGGACAGUCUCAUUGAUCUAGUUAAUGAAGCACUUUUAGAAGAACCAAAUACAAUAAAAACAUUGUGGAACACGCAAGGAAUGAAAAUUACGGAUCCGUUAGAUUUACUUCGUCAAGGUCGUCUGUAUUUUGCUUCAACAAAUGAGCGUAUAACUUUGGAAGAAUUACAUAUCACAGAUCAAGAACUGAGAAUUAUUAAUCGUUUAGAAAGACUAAGAUUAAAAUUGAAUCAGCAAACUAAUUUUGUCACAAAACCUAUUAUUAACGAACAAGUCCAGAUUCAAUCGCGAAAAAGUACACCGUACGCUGCAAAUGUUUCGGCUCAAGCCUACAAUGAAAUAGAAACAUUUCCAGAAGUAUUUUUAAGACAUUAUACGGUUGGUGAACCACUUGGUGAUGGAAGAUUUUCAUCCGUAUAUGAAUGUAAAGAUAAAGCAACUGGAAUUCAGUUGGCAUUAAAAAUUAUCGAUAAGGAAAGAUGUAAAGGAUAUGAAUUUCUUAUUGAUAAUGAACUAGCAAUUCUUCGUCGUGUUAAACAUUCAAAUAUAAUUAAACUGGUUGAAGAAUUUCAAAAUGAGAUGAAAUAUUUUCUCGUUUUUGAAUAUGUUCCAAGCGGUGAUUUAUUAACAGCAAUAAGUGCCAUGACAAAGUACAGUGAACACGAUUCAGCUCUAAUGGUUUAUCAAAUAGCAUCCGCUUUGAAAUAUCUACAUUCAUUGAAUAUUGUGCAUCGAGAUGUCAAAUUAGAAAAUAUUUUAAUUACAAAUCAUCCUGAUAGAAGUGUAACAUUAAAAUUGGCUGAUUUAGGUUUAGCUCUAACUCUAUCAGAAGAUCAACAAAUAAAACAAAAUUCUUUACCAGUUGCUACAACAAUUCUAGAACCAGAUGAAAAUGAAAUGGAUAAACCACCAAUGACAUCUGAAAGUAACAGAUCCAAAGCAAUAUGCGGAACACCAAUGUAUAUUGCACCUGAAGUUAUACAAAAAAGAGAAUAUUCUGUUGAAAAUGAUAUAUGGUCAUUGGGAAUAAUUACUUUCACUUUGUUGAGUGGAAUGGCACCAUUUGAUGGGGAAAAUGAUGAAGCAAUAAUGUUAAAUAUUGUCACGAAGGACAUUGAUUUUAGUUUACUACCAAAAGUGUCAACAGAAUGUAAAGAUGCUCUACAAGCAAUGUUAGAAAGAGAUCCGAAAAAACGAAUUUCAGCGAGUGAACUAUUACAACAUUCGUGGAUCAAACGAGAAACUGGUCAAAGACGUGUGACGGAUUCAUCUGGUAAUGCCGAAGGCGGGGGUAGAAGAAGAAAACCGUUGAAUGUUAAUCAACCCCCUCUAUUAACUUUUUCAUCUGUUGACCAUCGCCAUCCAAUUCAAGGAACGAAUAUGGGAGGUGGAUUAGGUGGUAUUGAAGAUAUAUAA